AUGGAACACUCGUCACCGUUGGCCGCCAUGCAGCCUCCUUCUAUGCUGUUUGGUCACUGCUUCCGUGCAGAUGCACCUACAUCGUAUCCGUCGUUGUCCGGCUUUGGCACCAAUAGCUUCAACUUCAAGGAUCUGUCAAUGAAGAAGUCUGGUCCGGAUUACUUCAACGUCAAGCCAAUUCCCUCGCCUACAGCCAGCCUUGCUGCUGAUUUGUCUCAAAACUUCCACAUUGAUCAAAGCCCGCAACUGGCAACGCCACGGAGGUCUUUGUUCACUUCUAAUAUCCUUUGUCAAGCUAAUGCCCGUGCAAUGGACGUGAUGGAGAUGUCCCCUCUACCUCACAAGCCCGCGUUCAUUGUCACCACGGAGUUUGAAGUUCACUCACCCUCUCCCAUCUGUAGUCCAAUGGACUUGCCCAUCACGUCUGCAGCUCCCAGUCCUCUCCAGGCCUCUCCCAUGGAGGCCCUGACUCGGGCACCACUUGAGCGCCGUCGUCCCCACUUUCUCCGUCCCAGCUUGGCCAAGAGCAAGGCCCAGUCCUUUCAGCUUGGUAUGACUCGCCCUGCCAAUGAAAGCAAAGCUCCUCCCUUCCGGUUCAGCACCGCCGGAGCCAAAACCUCAUUGAGCACGUCUACCUCUCUGGAGGACAUGUUCGGUGAUUCUCCCCCUCAAGAGCGGUCUGUCUCUCGGAAUAGCUCCUCGAACACCCUGGCUCCGCCGCGUCUGCGGCCACCUUUCCAACACGCUCGUAGCAGCGGCUCGCCCGCAACCCACUCCAUUCGCAAGCCCUCCCACCCUAUGAUGCGUCCUCGUAAGCAAUGCCGACGAUCAUUGAGUAUGUUUGAGCAUCCGGCGGAUGUGAUUGCCGAAAAAGAGGCCAAGGUACCCACAAAUGCACCCCUCCAGUCCAUCAGCGACAUGGAAAGUUCGCCAACCCCAAAGCUUCCUCACUUCGUCCCCGAGGAUCGGGCGGACACUCUGCCUCGCAUUGGCAAGCACACUCUGCUUGAACUUCUUGACGGGAAGUUCAACGAUCGCUUCGACCACAUCAUGAUUGUUGACUGCCGCUUCGAGUAUGAGUAUGAGGGUGGCCACAUCAACGGCGCUCUCAACUACAACGACAAGGAGCGGCUUGCGGGUGAACUGUUCGGCGCUCCCAAGCCCCGGACAGCCCUAAUCCUGCACUGUGAAUAUUCCGCGCACCGCGCACCCAUUAUGGCCAAGUACAUUCGCCACCACGACAGGGCUGUCAAUAUCGACUCAUAUCCUAAUCUGACGUACCCUGAUCUGUACAUUCUCGAUGGAGGUUACAGCUCCUUCUACGCAGAGCACCGUGCUUUCUGCUACCCCCAAAACUAUGUUGAAAUGAACGCCGACGGUCAUGAAUUCGCCUGCGAGCGUGGACUCGGCAAGGUCAAGCAGCGUUCCAAGUUGAACCGCGCUCAGACUUUCGCUUUUGGCCAGCACUCCUCCCCGCAGAUGGAAGAUAGCCCGACUGGUCGUCCUCGCUUGGGAAAUGAUCGGAAUAGCCGUCUUCUGGCUUCUCCGCUGGGUUCUCCAUUCGCUGAGAGCCCGGUUGCCAAUCGGACGCCUGGUCGUCGCAUGCUUUCUUAUUGA